GUUAGAUCUUCCGGGUUAUGUGUUACUGAGUUCCCCGCCUUUACGUAAAGCUGUAACAGGACGUCGUCUUCGCAUUAAUACGAUAAUUUUGUGCUAUACAAAGUUUUUAGGGCUUUUAUUGUAAAAUGUAGUUAAUGUUUAACACUUCGCUUUGUUUUAUUUACCCUUAACGGUCAUUAUGUUGCUCCCUUCCGACGUUGCUCGGCUUGUUUUGGGAUACCUCCAAGAAGAGGGUCUUUCUGCUACAAGCCGAGCUUUCAUUCACGAGAGCCCAAAUUUGAAAGAGUAUGCUGAACACUCCUCGGGAGAUGGGACAGUUCCUGCCUGUGUGUUUUCUCUCUUUGGGAAGAACCUGACAACUCUUUUAAAUGAGUAUGUGGCUGUCAGAGCUAAAGAGUCUGGUCAUGAAGUUCCCCUCGUGAUGACCUCAUUGUGGAAAAAACUUGAUUUCACCCUCAACCAGAUCAAGUCUUUACAGAAUUCUCCAUCAAUAUCAAAGAGUCAGAGACUACGUUCACGGAUUGGAGUUGCCAACAUGGCGAGGCAGCGCGUCCUGACUGUAGCGACCACUAGCAGUGUCGUCUGCUCAUCCGUUUCUGAAACGAGCUCCAUCAUCAGCCCUGCACAGACCUCCCACUGCAUGGUCAGCCACCCCACCCCCGUUAGCUUCUCUGGCCCCCAUAACAGAGCGGCUGCUGCACAGCAGCUGAUCUACGACGGCGGACGAUUACUGAACACAUCCAGGGAUUCGCCGGUGCAGGUCGUCGUCUCAGAGCAGCGACUAAAUUCAGGCCCACUUUCUCCUGCUCGACGGAAAUGGGACACCCCCAGGAAAAGAAGUGGCCCAAGUGGACCCAGUGCUCCGAGCAGAUCUGCCCCGGCCGCCAGUAGCCUCGGUGCAGAAGCCGAACCCGAGGAGGCUGUUGAUGAGAACUUUCCUCAACUGGUGAUUCAGAACGCCUGUGACAAGAUUCUGGGAGACCGGCUGUUACAGGAGAAACUCGCUGAAAACAUCAACAAAAUUCUGGCCAACGAACCCACUCCUCCAACAUCCAAAGCCUCUGUGAGCACGGUGGAGGCCGAGCAGUCUAUAGAUGAAAUUCUGGGACUUCAGGGGGAAAUCCAUAUGAGUGAUGACGCCAUUCAUGACAUUUUGGAGCAAACAGAGUCCGAUCCAGCGUUUCAGGCCCUCUUUGACCUCUUUGAUUACAAUAAAACUAAAUCACCUGAUGAGGAAGCAGUUGAUGGACACACGGGCAGUAGUCUGGACGAGGCAGCUCAAGCUUCAUCUGCUGUCCAGCCCCUUCAGAGUCAUGUUGAGGGUCCAACACAUGUUGACGCCAGUGUGUCUGGCAUCCAGCCAGCCGCUUUAAAGGUCAGGGCUGCUCCAGAGCGUAAGACCAGGAAGUCCACUGUGUCCACUGUAGUGAAAAAAACUGUCCUGGACUCCGGCGGCCGGGCUUCCAGGAUUGAGAACAGCUCUGCCAGACUAUUGGUGACUCACGGGGACCCCCAAGGGGCCACAUCUGCUGCACUGAACUCCGGGAGGAAAGAAAAACCUAAUCUUCUGAUUGAUAGUGGGGGUGUAACACAAAUGGAUAUUGAUGAACCGCUGCACACACCUCCUCCCCCUCCUUUAGACAGUCUGGUUUCUCAGGAGCACACCAGCACCUCCACCGCCUCUUGUCUGGGUAAAUCGGUCCCCGUGCCUUCAGCCGACGGUCCCACCACAUUUACAGAUGCCUCAAAUGUAAACAAAACAUCAAAUGAGCAACUGUCUAAAAUAAUUUCUUUUCCUGUGAUGGAUCAGCCUGAUUUUUUUAGUUCAGUGGCUGGUUGCACGCCUCGUCCAUCAGGUUCAGCCACUGAAAACACACUGGCUGCAUCAUCUCUCCCUGCUACAGCUGUUUCAGUUACAGUUACCUCACCAUCAUCAUCGGCUCCCAUCCUUGCACCAGCCUCAUCCACCUCAGCAACUCCUCUCUCACCUGCAUUCUCCUGUGCUCCGGUUGCAGCGACGCCCACUCCCUCAGCCACCCACCCCUCCACCUUAUGCAUGGCGACAGACUCCAGCAACAUGGUGUCCUUAAAGAUCAUCGUGAGUGACAGCCAGGAUGAGGAUGCUUCCAGCGACGCAGCCUUGAGUCGGGCUAUCUCCAGCAUUUCUGGGGACAAGAUACCCACCAUCUACCUUUCCUCCCCAGCCAAGUCCCCCGAGUGCCCCGCCACUCCAAAAGCCAACUAUGAUGAGGUGGCACAGGCUGUGAGUGGCCUGCAAAGCUCAGAGGCAUGUGGCACUCCUCUCAGCUGUAAAGCUGCAGCAGUCAACACCACUCCGUUCGUCGGGACACCUCAGAACCAGCAGAGAUUUAUAGUUCAGCUUCCCGUGGACGCCGCCAGCCCCGGAUUGCAAGCCGCUGCUGCCAGCUUUUACCUUUUGACUCCAACUACAGAUGUUCAGCCCAGACAGGUGCUACUUCCUGCUGGUGUCUCACAUGGCUCACCUUUACCUGCCAAUCAGCACAGGGGGACGACGCCCAUAUACCCUCAAAGCUUCUCCACAGGCUCAGCAUUUAUCCUCCCAUCACCCAUGAAGCCUGUGGUGCUUCCUGUUUCUGUGUUGGGGCAGAGCGCAGCAGGAACACAGCUCCAGCUUGUUGACCCAUCAAACCCUGCACCAGUACAGCAGAAAGAAUCCAGUCCCACCACAGUGGCAACCAAACCAGCUUCAGGAGCUGAUAAAAGGGUGCCAGCCGUGGUUCAGGGUGAAAAGUCGCGCCAGCAGGAUGCAGCGAAAAGUUCCAGCCACAAGAGGAUUUUGUGUUUUGAUUCCUCGUCGCCUGAAAUUCAGCCACAGUCUGCUAAAGCAACUGAAACUGAAACCUCCCCAGCUGCCUCAAAAACAUCUGCAUCGCAACCUGAGCAGCAGCCUGAGAAGGACGGGAGGACAAAACCCAACAUUCUGGGUGGCAACAAACCCAAACGGAGGAUAGCGCCGGUCCAAUGUACAUCUGCUCCUCGGGCCGGAGCGACUUCGCUGAAACAGUCUGUCCCUCCACAGAUGCAGCAGAAGGAUUCUGUUAAAAAGAACGCUCGCAAGCAGGUGUACAGCGUUCACGACAAAGAUCCGGAAGCUGAGAAGCGGUCCGAACCAGAGGAAGCAUCAACAGCUGAUGGAUGUAACGGUGGAGUUAAAGCUAAAGAUGCUCGUGGGUCCAGGUCCAAUGAGUCUGCACUAAAACCAGGAAGCAGAAAGGACAGAGAAGAGGGCAGCAGGAAAGAAGCGGCGGACAAGGCUCCUGCGAGGCUACGUGAGGGGCGACCAGAAAAGAGGACUCCCUCCCAGGAGGUGCCUAACGUUCGCUCCAACAAGGAGAAUGAGAUGAAGGGAAGCGUGCCGGAGCCGCAGCAGCCGUCGGCGCCUUCCUCCUCUGCAUCAAGAGACUUCAGUCCUCCAGCUGUCACACAGCCGUCCCCUCGCACCCAACCUAACACCCCAAAGCCCCCAUCAAAGGCCAGCUCUCUGGCCAAACAGGCGGUUGAAAUGCUGCAAGGACUCGGCUCCCCAUCCACUCCAGUCAAAAAACCUGGUGCUGGCAGUCCAGAGCUCCGUCUCCCUGGGACGGACCGAACCAUUGAAACUCCAGCUGAUUGUCCCAGGACUCCAUCCCGACACAGAAAAGGCAAAGAGGGUGAAAGCACCCCCAGGCACCUAAUACCUUCAAACGCCUCAGAUGUACCCACCUGCAGCCCUGCAAGUGAAGCAGGGAGCGAGAAUAGCAUUAACAUGGCCGCACACACCCUCAUGAUUCUGUCCCGCGCUGCCAUCGCCAGGACAGGCACCCCGCUGAAGGACAGCAUGCGCCAGGAAGGAGCGGGAGAAAAGGAGCCCACGAGCUCCAAGAACUCUGAGAAUAAGAAACGUAAACGGACCUCUCCAGCGGACAGCCCUCCUGCAAAGAGAGAGAGCAAAAGAUCUCCCAGCAGGAAGAAAGACCAAGAAAGAAAGAAACUUAUUGAUUGCUUUCCUCAUGACCUGGAUGUGGAGAAAUUUCUGUCCUCACUUCACUACGACGAAUAAACCUGAACACAGGCGAAGACUGCCACAAUCUAUCUGGGUCGCUGUCCAGGAAUAGAAUAAGCCAUCUGCUGAACCAGUACUUCACGGUUCCUUCAGUUACUAUGCCUUAAACUUUAAGCUGCUGUGUGUUCUUUAGGGGUUGUUUUUCUGCUGUGGGUCAUCCAGAAUAAAAUCCUGGUUUAUGCAGCAGCAGGGGAACUAAGGCUCCUUUCAUGUUUUUAUAGUUGUUGUUUUUUUGUAUUUUUAUCUGCCCUUCACCGUUUUGAUGGGCACCUUCCCCAGGUGGAUGUUUGAUGUGAAUGAGUGACUCAAACCAGUCUUUUGGUCAAUAUUUGACUUUUAUUGGAUUCUUACAGUCAACACUGAUGGUUUUAAAAUCUGAUUUUGGUCUGUUUGGAUAAUGUUGACUUGAGGCUUUUCCUUAUACUUUGGUGUGGUUGUCUUGGAUAAAAAAACUCUUAUAAUGUUUGUAGCAUAUGUCUGUACAGAAUAUUCCUCUUCAGCUCUCAGAUGUGACAUUGCUGUUUAAAUACUCAGAAAUAACUGUUGUAAUUAAAAUGUGUUUAUUUCUGGUGCAGACAUUUAUUAUACAUGGCAGCUUGGUUUACCAUCUGAUUCCUGUCUACAAAGUUGUUGGUAAAAAAAAAGUGUUUGUCUCCUUAUGGAUUUCUUCAGCUUUUGCCUAAAUGUUACAAAUGAUAAUCCGAGUAAAAAGAAAAUUCAAUUUCAGAGCUAACUAUAUUUUAAAGGCAAGCUUGGCAGUUUUGCUUGCUUUCAGCACCCCCUAGUGUCUGUUAUUCUUUGUGGUCAAACUGAAAGCAAAACCUAUCUAAUCUUAAUCUAAAUGCUGAAAUUUCUCCCAGCCUUCAUUGGUUUCUACAUGAGUGAUUCAUCACUAAAUUAAACAAAUCAGUUGUGUUCA